UCUAUUUGAAAAUGUCAUCUAUUUCUUUGAACUUAGUGGAAUUAAUGCAUAGGUAUAAGAUUUCAGUGCUUCUAAAAACUUAAUCAUGGAAUAUAAACUGAGUAAUAUAUCCGUCUGGGAACGUUAUAAUGAUAGUGAUCUUUUAUUGUUUAAAACAUUUGCACCACAUUUAACUAUAGUGGAAAGAGCAAAUUUUCCAUUAUGGGCUAUACUUGGAUUGCCUGGAAGUAUAUUCAGCAUCAUUGUAUGGAGUAGUCGUCCAAUGAGACGUGGUGGUAGUGCUGCAGCAGCAGUUUAUCAAGCUAGUCUUGGUGUUGUGGAUUUAUGUUUUUUUAUUAUACAUUUGAAUUGGUAUUUACAUGUGGCAUGGCAACUCGGUGUACUUGAUCAUCCGGUAAUUUGUGAAACAUUCCCUGUUAUAAAUUAUUUAAUACAAUAUCUAAGUCCUACGCUGGCAUUUACAUUCACAUUAGAAAGAUAUUUAGCAAUAUGUCAUCCAUUCCGUUCACAAAGAAGUCUAAUGCGUUCUACAGUAAAAAGUGCUUUUAAAUUUAUUGGAAUUAUGUUUACAUUUUGUUUAAUCACAGCUAGUGUACAAGCAUUUGUGUAUGCUUAUAAUCAUGGUGUAUGUACCACUAGACCAUCAGUUGAAGAUCCUAAUUCUAUUGGAUUUAGUUUAUACACAAAUUGGACUUUUAUCACUGAAUCAUUAUAUUUCUUUUGUUUGCCAAUUACUUGUCUUGUAUUAAAUAUACUGGUUAUUGGAGUUUUACGCCAAAGUAUUAAAUCAAAACGAAAUAAUUUAAUUGUAACAACAUCUAUAAAUGGCAAUUCAAAUACAAAUAGUGAUGGUAAUCAAAUUGCUCAGCCAAUAAGUAAAGGAGCACGUUCAAGUACAUUGACAUUGUUAUGUACAUCGUUUUAUCUUAUUAUUGCACAUUUGUCUGUAGCAAUCGCUGUUGUCAUUCAUAAACGAUUACCAACUGGUAAUGAAUAUUUAACUGAUGAACAAAUACGUAAUGAUCCUGGUUGGACAAUUUAUUUUCGUUUCUUCACUGUACGUGUAUUAAUUGAAUGUUUUGCAAUGACACAUUAUGCAGCAAAAUUUCCAAUAUAUUUAGCAACAAGUAAACAAUUUCGUCAAGAAUUUUGUCGACUAUUUCAAUUUUGUUGCAGAAAUCAAUCUUAUUUCUUACGAGAUACUGAUGCAGAUAUUGAUUUAAGUGUACACUUAUUAAAUGGUAAACGUUCAACUGGUAUGUAUAACAGUAAACAUUCAUUAAACCCUAUAGGUAAAAUAAAUUUUUCACAAAGAAAACUAAGAAAUUCUGCUGCAUCAUUCUCUUCAACAAAUGAAAAUUUAUUAACUACAAAAAUUCGACGACGUCCAUCACCUGGUCUAAGUCGUACUGUACUAGGUGUAGAUGGACAACGUGUAAAAGUUCAGUCAAGUAUUUCUUUGGUUGUUUAAUCAAUAAAAAACUCUUUGAGUAUUGAAAUCAUUAUUAUUAUUAUCUACUUCAAAUGAAACCAGAAAAUCAAACAUUAAUAUGCAUUAAAAAUGUCAUUACUUUCAAUUAAAACAAAACUAUUCAUUUCACUUUCAACGGUGUAUUUUUAUAAAUAUAUAUUAUGAUCUAUGGUUGAAUAUUUAUUAUUUUUAUAAUUCUUGUAAAAAUAUUGUCUGCCGUGGAUAUGAAUACUUUAUUAAUUCAAAAGAACUAUUUGUUUUUCUAAUCUACUCAUUUUACAAACAUAAAAUCCUAUGACCUGAUGAUAUUCUACGACUGUUCAUUUGAAACAUUUGAAACAUCCUUUUCAUAUAGAUCACAAUAAAACUAAUCAUUUUUUCAAAAUUGAUUCCAAUCGAUACACAUGAAUGUGUUGGAAAUAUGGCGAAGGAUAUUUAUUAUGCUGUGUUUUACUAUUCAGCGAAUUUAUUUGCCAUACUAUCUAUAAUUAUUGAAUGCGCUGUAUUGUAUUGUAUUGUUAACCACAGAAUAAUGCAUAAAUAAGUAAAUAGUAAAUAAAAAAAAAUGAAUAAUUUUCUUUUCAUUCAUAUGUUCAUAAAUUAUAAAUAAAUGUGUUCUAAAAGGAUGUUAACAUGAUCGAUAUUCUCUUGUGAAGACUAUGAAAACUGACCAAAGUUUUGCAUCAAAGCUGAUAAUCAAAGCGAUGCUUGUAAAAUCUGACCUAA